UAGUAGGGUUUUGGAGCUCACAUCUCUUUGUAUACACAAAAGAAGCCGCCGCCGCACAUAGCAAGAGUUAAAACUUAGCCAUGUCGCUUGUUGCAAAUGAAGAAUUUCAGCACAUUCUUCGUGUGCAAAACACCAACGUUGAUGGGAAACAAAAGAUCAUGUUUGCUUUGACCUCUAUCAAAGGUAUUGGUCGUCGUUUCGCUAACAUUGCCUGCAAGAAAGCCGAUGUUGACAUGAACAAAAGGGCUGGUGAACUCACUGCUGCAGAGCUCGACAGUGUCAUGGUGGUUGUUGCUAAUCCUCGUCAAUUCAAAAUCCCUGAUUGGUUUUUGAACAGGCAGAAGGAUUACAAGGAUGGAAAGUUUUCACAAGUCACUUCUAAUGCUCUUGACAUGAAGCUUAGGGAUGAUCUUGAGCGCCUGAAAAAGAUCAGGAAUCAUCGUGGUCUACGUCACUACUGGGGCCUUCGAGUGCGUGGUCAGCACACAAAGACCACUGGCAGGAGGGGAAAGACUGUUGGUGUCUCGAAAAAGCGUUAAAUCAUUUACUUGUCAGUUUGUUCGUUACAUGCUUUCUUUUAUGCGCUGCAGGAGAUAUAUGUCUAAGAUGUUUGUUAGGGAUUCUGUACUGGUUAUGUUUAAAUUUUCCUGUUAGUGGGCUAUAGUUUAAUUUCUUUCUUUAGUGGAAAAAAGAUUGCUUUGCUAUAUGAUCAAAGUUUUGCAGAUUGCUCUUGAAUUAAAUUGAAUGAGUAGUUCCUUGAAUCUAA